AACUGAGCUAAACUGAACUGAAAUGAAUAUUUUAUGUGAGAAGAAAAUUAGAAGUUGAAAUAAAAUGAACUGAAAAUAAACCUACCAGAACAGCUGAACAAGUUGUUAGUUUUCCUUCCCUUUCUCCGUGGCAUUAUAUACCAAAACGGCAAAACCAGACCUAAAAAAGCGCGCGAAAUAUUCUCUCUCCUAAACAAACUAAUCCGCCAUUUUCUCUCUCCUCCGCCAUGCCCGAGCUUCCCGAGGUUGAAGCAGCGAGGUCCGCCGUUGCUGAGCACUGCAUAGGUAAGAAAAUAGUGAAAUCAAUUAUUGCAGAUGAUUCCAAGGUUAUCAAUGGAGUCUCACGUUCCGAUUUUGAAGCUGCUCUUCUCAAUAAAACCAUUGUUGCUGUUCAUCGUAAGGGCAAAAACAUGUGGCUUCAGCUCGAUUCCCCUCCUUUUCCUUCAUUCCAAUUUGGGAUGGCAGGUGCUGUAUAUAUUAAGGGUGUGGCAAUUACCAAGUAUAAAAGAUCUGCUGUAAAUGAUGCUGAUGAAUGGCCCUCAAAAUAUUCCAAAUUUUUCAUAGAAUUAAAUGAUGGUCUGGAGAUUUCUUUCACGGACAAGAGGAGAUUUGCUACAGUUCGUUUGCUGGAUAAUCCAGCUUCAGUUCCGCCAAUAUCUGCACUCGGUCCAGAUGCUUUAUUGGAACCCAUGACUGAAGGGGAGUUCAUUAAAUCCUUGAGCAAAAAGAAAAUUGCUAUAAAGCCUUUAUUGCUUGAUCAGAGUUUUAUUUCUGGCAUCGGGAAUUGGGUUGCAGAUGAAGUGCUAUAUCAAGCAAGAAUUCAUCCUUCACAAAAUGCCUCUUCCCUGUCAAAAGAGGAGGGUGCCAUACUGCUGAAGAGCAUAAAGGAGGUUAUACAGCAUGCGGUUGAAGUUGAUGCUGAUUCUCAACACUUUCCUUCUGAUUGGUUAUUUCAUUUUCGUUGGGGUAAAAAACCUGGAAAAAAGGCUGUUGAGGUUGGGGCUGAUAGUAGCCAAUAUCCAAGUAAUUGGAUUUUUCAUUCACGGGAAAAGAAGCCUGGAAAGGCUUUUGUCGAUGGAAAGAAAAUUGACUUCAUUACUGUACGUGGAAGGACUUCAGCUUAUGUUCCCGAACUUCAAAAGUUAACUGGAGUGCAAGCCACAGAAGCUCCUGCUAAACCACGUAAACAGGCCUCUAAAAAGAACAAGGACGAAAGCGAUGAUGAUGAUGAUGCAAAUGAUGAUAAUGGGGAUGGUAGGGAAGAUGAAGUGGAGAAUAUGAAAUUUAAGCAAAUGAAGAAUAGCAAAAGUGGAAAGCAGCCACCUAGAAGGAAGAAAUCUAUUAAAAAUGAUGAUGACGAUGUUGAUAGUGGUGAUGAUGAUGAUGAUGAGAGUGAUGGUAAGACAAAAGGAACUCGUGAUGACUCAGCUACUGCAAAGAGGAAACCACAAGGAAUGAACGAAAGUCAAGAUGCUAACAAGAGCAAGAGAUCCAGAGGUGGGGGAAAGAAGGCUACAGCUGAGUCGAAGUCUAGGGAAAGCAUUGAUUCUGAUGGUAGCGAUGAUGAUGUCCAUGAGAAUAUUGAUAAGAAACCAACAAAAGCCGGAACCAAAAAGCCCCAGAAGCAGACUAAAAGGAAAGCUAAAUAGGGGUAAGCUUUUGGACGGCACAAGAAGUAAACAGAUUUUGUACAUUAUUCCUGCCAAGCUUCAAUGAGCAUCAAUUUUGAUAACAGUGCUUCGCGUAUUAAUUAGUUAGUAGUGUGGUAAUUUAAUGUCAAGUUAGCUAGCAGUUAGUUGAUGCACGUGCUAUAGGUAUGUUUGAUGCUCUCCUGUAAUUGUUCAAACAUUAUGCAGGAUAUAGACAUCAUUAGUAUUCCAGGCUAUUGGAGGGGCUGUAUUUUGUCGCGUUAGUGGGAUACCAUGCUCUGAAUUGCCCCUUCUCUGUGAAAUAGUAGUAAAAAUCAUUUCAAGAGACCUAACUUUCCUCCGUUCUUUUAGAAGUGGAUAGUAGGAGUUGAUGGGUACCGAAGCCUGUCAUGGUAUCUAGCAUGAUAUGCACGUUUUAAUUUUGUUGUAUUUGAAUGACGGAAGCCAGUUGUUUGGUGCAAAACUGCAAAUGCGCAAUGAGAUUCAGAUGGUGACUCUUAUGUUGCUUGCAAA